AUGGCUGACGGUAAUGCCGCGCUGGUCACCCGAGGCAGUGAUCUGGUGGCACGGCUGUCGAAAGACUUGAUGCGGCAAUCUGAAUUUAGUUCCCUGACGCUAUCGAUCUACGACACGGCCUGGCUGGCAAUGAUUAUCAAUAAGUCAGGGGAAGGCAGUGGAUGGCUCUUUCCGGAGUGCUUUGCUUACCUUCUCGAGAAUCAGGGCUCAGAUGGAGGAUGGGAUCCUUUGCAACAAUCCACCCGGUCUUUGGGGUAUCCAAACUCUCUUUGCCUAACUGACUGCAUCAUUCACUCACUUGCGGCCUUGAUGGCUCUCUGCCGACAUGCUCGAGGUCCUGACCCGCCCGCUGAUGUCUCCUCCCGGAUAUUAGAUGCCAGAAGCUUUCUGCAUCAGAAGCUUUCCAUCUGGACUCUCGAAGACAUCACUCAUCUAGGCUUCGAGCUUCUCAUGCCGGUGCAUUUGCUGCUCCUUCAAGAAGAAGGCAUUAAGUUUGAGUUCCCAUCGAAAGUCAAACUCUUCCGAAAGUUUCAAGAAGCAUAUGCAGUGGAUCUAGACUGGGUAUGCGACGAAGCGCCUUGCCAGGUGCCUCUUUUCUCUCUCAAAGCAUACAUCGGAAAGCUGGACUUCAGCCGCCUCGGCCAUGUGCCCACUUCCGCAUGUGUGGCAGCGUCACCUGCCUCUACCACGGCAUUCCUAAUUGAUUCCCCGAGGUGGAGCGCGCAAUGUGAAGCUUAUCUUCGACAUAUCGUAAUCCGUGGUCCUGGGAAAGGAAAUGGCUCUGUUCCAGGGGUUUUCCCGCUGGAGCUUUUUGAGCCAACUUGGGUGCUGGCGACUCUGCUGGAGAACGGAUUCACAAAAGAGCAUCUUGGGGCUGCGCAGGUGGACUGCUUCUUCAGUUCCUCCAAGGCUUUCUUUCCAGACGCCGAUGACACAUCUCGGAUCUUGACGUUAUUGAAUCUAAACGGAUACAACUUGAGUCCAGUGGGCUUGGUGGCACGGUUCGAAGUAGAGGACUGCUUUGCGACGGUUGAUACCAAGAUGCCCAAACGUGUCAAGAGCAUCAGUGUCAACGGCAACGUGCUGUGUUCUCUUCUUCAAUGCUUAUGA